AUGACAUUCUCCAAAGUUCAGCUGGCUGUGCUGCUCUUGGCAAGGGUUGUGGAACCAAUCGGCUUCACAAUCCUCUUUCCAUAUGUCAAUCAAAUGGUGGAGGACCUGCUGCCUGAUGUCCCCAAAGCCAGCAUUGGUAAAUACUCCGGGUUGAUCGAAAGCAUAUUCGCAUUGUCCUCGGUCCUUUUCAUGUACCAAUGGGGCAAACUUUCAGAUAGGGUAGGAAGGAAACCUGUCAUAUUGGGUGGUUUAUGUGGAGUAGCUUUUGCGCAUACCCUCUUUGGACUGAGCAAAAGCUACAAAAUGGCUGUGGCAGCACGAUUCCUCAGUGGACUGCUUUGCGGAAAUGCUUCCGUGAUGAGAGCUGUUUUAGGAGAGGUAUCAACGCCAGAGACAGAGAGCUUCCUGUAUCCUCUUUGGACAGUUUGCUGGGAUCUGGCUUGUGUGAUAGGACCAACAUUGGGAGCACUGCUGCAAAAUCCAGCAACCCAAUAUCCUCAAUACAAAUUCACUAAUUCUCCCUUAUUUCGACAAUAUCCCUAUCUGCUACCUAGCGCCUUGAUAUCCACAAUGUCAUUGAUGGCCGCUGUGCUCGUGGCUACUUGUCUUGAAGAGACGAACCCAACGGUCAAAUCGCACCCUCCGUCACCUGUCCUUCCACCCAGUGAACGAACUCGGCUCUUACCCGAGGAACCCAUUGAUACGAUAGAGGCUUUGCCGGAGAAGAACACAUUCUUAGAUCUUAUCGCUCACAAGCCGCUGCAGCAAGUAUUGCUGUCGAUAUUCCUCCUGACCUUAAGUGCAAUGUCUUUCGAUGCUGGAUUCGCUCUCUUUGCCUAUUCAGUACCAUCUCUUGGCGGUAUUGCGUUGACCCCUACCAGUAUCGCCGCUUGUUUAUCCGUCAAGGGCGCGCUAUCAAUCGCUUUCAACCUCUUAUUCUUCCCUCUUGCCCUACGACGCUUCAAAAUGCGAUCUCUAUAUCGCAUGUUCUCCUCAUGUUGGAUUCUCGUUUUCAUGAUACCUCCAAUCAUGAAUGCUUUGGUGGUCAAAGACGGAGACAGUGGGAAAUGGGUAGAGGGCGGUUCGUUAAAAAUGCUGUGGUUGCUCAUGAUCCCGCUUCUUUUCCUCUACGUUUUCGGCGAUCUCGCCUUCCCCCUCAACAUGAUGGCAUUGAACGCCGCCUCACCCUCGUCCUCUGCACUGGGAGCGAUCAACGGUAUCUCCCUGGUGGUUAGUGCUCUGGCGCGAUCAGUUGGUCCUGCUAUUUUUGGUUUGAUGUACGGAGUCAGUGCGGAGCAUAAAGUACCAAUCGUAUGGUUUGUUUUCGGAGGAAUUGCUCUUUUGAGCGCUUUGCAUAGCCGAACGAUUCGAGAUCGUGCGGACAAAGAGGAAGAAACGGACGUUUAA